AUGGAUAAAUUGCAUUCAUAUGCUUUAUACUCUCAUCCAAAUACAUCUACUUUAACUCCACUUAAUACUAAUAUGACCGUGAAAAAUAAUGAUUGUGAAGGGAAUAAGAUAUUACCGGAAUCAUGGUCGACGAAACACUACAAUGAUUUAGUAUCAACUAGUGAUUUGGUAUCAUUGGCAUGGCUUCAAAAAGGUGAUAUUUUACAAAUAGCUCCACUAGAUGGUGAAGAAGAUGGUAGUGAUUCUGUUAGCUCUACAAUACUUGAGAAUCAUGACAGUGAAGAUACUUUUGGUCCUUGUUCGGGAAUAAGUGUUGUAUCUCAGGAACUUCCUACUAAUCACUUACCUUCUACUAUUGGAUCGCAAUUUUCAAUCAUGAGUAGAGGUAAUCAUCAUCCUGCUUCAGUGUCUGGGAACCAGUUCUCUUACAUUGAAUCUUCACGAUAUCAACCUGAUUCUUCUGUUACUGGUCAUGGUUUAACGAAACCGAACUAUAGUUAUACACAUCUUAUAUUUAUGGCUAUAGAAUCUACACCUCAAAAGUGUAUGACUGUUAAUCAAAUAUACAAUUGGUGUGAAUCAAAUUUCCCAUUUUAUAAACAUGCUGGUGCUGGAUGGAAAAAUUCACUUCGACAUAAUCUUUCUAUUAAUAAGUCUUUCAAACGUUUACCUCGUGACAGUCGUGGUCCAGGUCGGGGUGCUUUCUGGACGGUUGAACCUCGUGAAAGAGCUUCACUAUUGGAUGCUAUUAAACGAAAUCCAUGGAAUUUUGCAAAUAUGACUACAAUCAAUUGUCAUUCACCUAAUGAAAUUGGAAGUAUGAAUGCUUCAGGAUCUGGUUUCCCAAUUACACGUUUUGGACUUACACGUAGUGCUCCUAGUCAACUUUUACACGCUGAAGGUUUGGGAAAUGAUAAACUUGGAUGCAUCAUCAAUGAAUCUGCACCUCAUAUUCGCUUUCUUUACGCUAGUAAUGGUAAAGUUGUAGCAACCUAUCGUAAUCCAUUCAUUGAAUCAUCGAACUCGAGCAAUGAUAGAACUGAUGAUGUAGUGGACACUAAAACCGCACCACCAGUUGUCGCUUUGUCUGACAAUAGAUACUGGUCAUCACCAUCUGAUGACACUAGCACUGAUGAAGAGAAAUAUCUGAGUACUUUACGCUUGCUAACUGAAACGGAUGAAACUGACACUACCAAGCCAUGUUCACCUAAAUUGGGUCAAACUGAUGAUUUAGUUCGGUCUAAUGGAAUAAAACGUGAAGCUUUAGAAAGCUUGAUAGGCACACAUAUUCUAGAUGAAGUAAAACUUGUAACUAAACAGAAAAGAAAGUCACGCUUAUUACCAACACGUAUAAAUAAAUGUAAUGAAUGUAAAGAGAAUGUAUCUGGUUGUGAAUCAUGCCUUGCUAAACGUUUAGAAGUUUACAAUGGUAAUUAUCUACGUUCUACCCUACAAGAAUAUAAUCUUGAUAUAAGUAAUAUGCUUGAUUGUGAUCAAGAAUCUGGUCCUGCAGGUGGACCACUUCAUAAAACUGGAUCUAAACUUAUCCCAAUUGAUGAAACUAAUAAUAAUAAUAAUAAUAAUAAUAAUAAUAAUAAUAAUAAUAAUAAUAAUAUUAAACCGACAAUUUAUUCAUUAACAAAUGAAGUUUAUGUUACACCACCACCAUAUAUUGAUCAUGAAUAUUCUCAUUGUCAAGCACAAUUACGUCGUCCAGAUGAAAAUCAACUUGUUAAUCAAUAUAAUGAUGAUUAUUUCACUAAAAAACUUACAGAAUUAAUGAAACUUUAUCCAAUACUUAAAGCAUUUAUUGAUUCAAUUCUAUUGGAUAUAAAUAUUAUUGGCUAUGAAACAGAUGAAUUCGAUAAUGAUGAUGGGUUCAGUUCAUCAGAACAUGAUAUAUACAGUGAAGAUGAUGAAGAAGAAAAGAAUUAUGAAAUAAUGAAACAUUCUAGUAAUUCAGAACUAUGUGAAGAUUGUGAUUAUACUUUGGCAAAACGAAAUUAUCAACCACAUGAACAUUCACAUUCUCGAUAUCUUAAUGUUCAUAUGAAGAGAAGGGGGACACAUUCUAGAAUUGUAUCACGUGGUGGUGGCGUUAAACGACGUAGACGUGUUGUUAAAUCAAUGAAAUUAUCUACUUCAUUAAAUAAUAAUAAUAAUAAUAAUCCUAUUCGAAGAUCAAAACGAACUAUACGUGCACCUCGUCGUCCAUAUGAUGAUGAUUUUGAGAAAGUUGAUAUAUAUGAUGAAGAUAAUGAAUCCUAUGAAAUAAUAUUGCCUAUCAGAAAUGAAACACAAUUGGAUUAUAAUCAUAAUUCUCAUCACCUAAUUAUUGAUAAUCAAUCUGAUAUUGAUUCAGAAAAUGUGGUUAACAUUCGUAAUCAUCAUCACUUCCACCGAUAUUAUCAUAAGCAUAGUGAUUAUUCUAGAUCAUUGAAACGAUCACACCAAUCAACUAUUGAUUCACAAUAUAAUUCAGGUAAUUUCGAUCGUUGUUGGUCACCUGGUAUUCAUGAUGAUGAUGAUGAUGAGAAGAACACUUACGAUGGUGACUAUACUAGUUCAGAUGAUCAAGAAGUCGAAGAAGAAGACCGUGUGUACACAACCUCAGGAAUACAUAAGCCAAGUAAACAUGAUCAAAUAAAGAAUGAAAGAUCGAGUUUUAGUAUGAAUAAUGAAGAUGAUGCUGAUAGGGUUUGGGAUUCUAAAAAAAAAUGGUCGAAUCAGUCGGUUACAGUAACCGCUAAUAGUUAUAACACUUCACUUGAAGAACAUGACCAGAUAACUUCAAAAGAAGAAUUAGAUGAUGAUGAUGAUAAGACAAUUGAAGAACCAUUACAAAACAACAACAAUGAACAAACAACGACUGAUGAUGCAGCAAGAUUAUUAUUGGGAAUUAGUCAAAUACAAAAUUUUCGAAGACAAUCCGGUUGUCUAAAUCUAGACUCAAGUGGUACCAGUUCAACAGAUAUUGUCAGUGUAGAUUCUAACAGUCCAAUACACCCUUCUAGUUGAAACGAAUUAGAAUGGAAACAAAUGUCUGUCGAUUGUGUUGUUUGUUCUUUUCGUGAAACAAUGUUAGCCUUUUAAUUGUAUAUAUGACUCAGAUUGAUGAAGGAUUUAUUGCCUUCAGUGUCUCAAGUUGUAUUCUAGUCGAAUUCGCUUAACACACAGCGAAUCUCCUUCUCGGCCUUAAUCCAUGACCCCAUCUGAUUUGAUAUUGAACUAAUUUCUCUUUUUGCAAUAUGAUUUUUGUGUGUUAUUUCCUUCUCUGUAUGUGUGUUCCAGUUAGCAGUAGUACAUAUAGCGCGCCCCUUUUAUCUGACCUCACCUACCAUUGAUCUUAUUUUACCUUUACCUAUUUGGUAUGUUUUGUAAGAGUGGUGUUUGUUUAUUUUAAGCCUACCCACCCACCCUCUGUGUGUGUUCCAGUUAGCAGUAGUACACAUAGUGCGACCCCUUUAUCUAACUCCACCUACUAUUGAUUUUUGCAAGGGUGGUGUGUUUGUUCAUCGUAAGCCUACCCAUCCACCCUCUGUGUUUGUGUUCUAAAUAGCAGUAAUACAUGUUAUUUAUUGAGAAAUAAUGCACCCCUUUUACCCGAUUCUACCUACUAUUGAUCUUGUUUUACCUUUACCUAUUUCGUAUGUUUUGUAAAGGUGGUGUUUGUUUAUUUCAAGCCUAAAAAAAAGGUUUGUCAUUGCCCACCUACCCACCCUGUUUAUUGUGCAAAAGCGAUUUGUUUGUUUAACAUUUGUAAUUCAUCAUUCAAUUGAGUUUAUCACUGCUUAUAAAUAAACAUUAAAUCUCUUCUUACAGUAUUAUUAUUAUCAUCAGUGACAAAUCCCUAUUUUUAUUAUUCUAAAAGUUUCAUUUAUGAAUGUAAAUUUUGCUUCAUCUCUGUGCAAUUGUGGUGUUUAUGAAUGUGAGGUGCCGUGUGUGUGCGUUGAUGAACUCCCGUCCAACCCUACCCCCUAAUCUGUUUACACACACACAGAGACGGGGGGAGGGGGAGAGAAGGUAAGGAGACUACUUCAAUCUUGACGACAGUAUUACAUGUUUGUGUAUGCUAAUGUUCUGCAGUUUCAUUUCAUUGUUCUUCCAGUUAUCUUUUGGAAGUGCAUUUUGUUGUUUUAUGUAUUUGUUUAUUCACAUCUGUUUCUGUUUGUUUUCUUUUUUGUAAUUACCUUCGUAUCAUUAUUAUUACGAUUAUUAUUGUGUUAGUGAUCCCAUAUUCUCUCCCCCCCUCCCUCCCUCUAUAUAUAAGGGAGUGGUGGUGGUGGUGAUCUACAGAUGCAAUUUUCUUUUCUAUGAUCUAAAUUACUUUUUGGUCAA